AUCUUCGCUCUACUGACAGCAGAAACCUUGUCACAGGAUCACAAUUCGACGCUGGCCAGCGGCCCGGCCGGAUUCAAAGGCGCAACGCCAUCUCUGGAACCGGAAUCUCUUGAUCUUUCUGAAAAGGAAAUGACCAACAUCAACUCUGAAUCCAACGCCUCGACAACCAUCCCCAGUCAAGUAACUCUUCAGUUCACCAUUUUUAACGUGGACAGUCCAAAAAAUGCCUUUCCCACUCGACAGUACCCUAAGCUCGAGGCCCGUGCUGGUUGCGCCUCCCUUCACUCUUGGGCCCCGACAUUUUACAAGCUUUGGACAAUAAGGCUCUAA